CUGUGAGGACUCUUCACGUGUCCGCGAUUGAGGAAAGUCAGCGCGUGUCUACCUCAAGUCAGGGAACGCCGUCCUGCUAGCCGCCAUGAUUUGCUUCUUUCUCUCACUAUUUGCUCAAGUUUUCCAGUCAGGCUGGACAGGUGUGAACGAGCGCACCUUCAUUGCCAUAAAACCUGACGGCGUGCAGCGGAAACUGGUGGGUGAAAUCGUGCAGCGCUUUGAGAAGAAGGGAUUCAAACUGGUGGCACUCAAACUUGUGAAGGCAUCGGAGGACCUUCUCCAGGACCACUACUGGGACCUGAGGAGCAAGCCGUUCUUCCGUGGACUCAUCGGCUACAUGAGCUCCGGUCCAGUUGUUGCCAUGGUGUGGCAGGGUCUCGAUGUGGUCAAGACGGCACGCAAGAUGCUGGGUGAGACCAACCCCGCUGAGUCGCUCCCUGGGACCAUUCGAGGAGAUUACUGCGUGGAAGUGGGAAGGAACGUGAUCCACGGCAGCGACUCUGUGGCGAGCGCCCAGAAGGAAAUCUCGCUGUGGUUCAGGCAGAAGGAGCUCCAGCGCUGGGACAGCAACAGCAAUCCCUGGAUCUACUGACCACGUCGGACUUGUGAUGACACCAACAUGACGCUUGGAACCUCAGCCCAGGUCCAGCUUAGAGGUCCAGCUUAUUUUGACACUAUUGAGGUGAGUGCAUGAAGCCAUGGCUCCACCCACCUCCAGCUCAUUUUAAAGGCAAAUCAAAGUUAGAUUCCUAUUUAAGUGUAUUUCUCGUUCCUGGUUUAACAAGAAAUGUUUUGGAUAGUUCUUUAAAAAAAACUAAACAGUAUAUUUGACAAUCGAUUUUUUGCACAGUUUACUUCAAUAAUAUUCUUACUGCAUUUGCACAACAGCUUUUUGGUGUGAAGAGCUAAUGCUAAAAGCUUUUACCCCUUAAGUGGAAUUAACCACAACAAAGGAAGCUGUAAGCCAAUGUUUGCCUUCCGUGCAGCCAAGUUAUGCUUAAACAUAGAAUGUCCAUGGCUGCAUGAAUGUAGAAAUGCAUGUAGUGUACAUGUCAACUACAUGUCAACACGCUGACCCUUUAAAGUCCCAAUUGGCGUUGAAAUUACAUUUGGUUUAUGUUAGCAUUGUCAAAUUAAAAUAUUUCACU